AGAUCCCCGGCCGCUCCGCCGCCCCGCGCCCCAGCAGAGCGUCCGGUCUGUGGGUAAACGUUGGCUGACCGCCCGGUCGUCUCCCUUCGGAUCUGACCGUGAAACCGGCCGAGGACCCGCGGACAGGUUCUUUCCGGUCUCCGCCAUGACUGAUGGGGAUUACGACUACCUGAUCAAGCUGCUGGCGCUGGGCGACUCCGGCGUGGGGAAAACCACCUUCCUGUACCGCUACACCGACAACAAGUUCAACCCCAAGUUCAUCACCACGGUGGGCAUCGACUUCAGGGAAAAGAGAGUGGUUUACACGGCUUCAAACCCAAAUGGAACGACGACAGGAAAAACCUUCAAGGUUCAUCUGCAGCUCUGGGACACGGCGGGACAGGAGAGGUUCCGCAGCCUGACCACGGCGUUCUUCAGGGACGCCAUGGGCUUCCUGCUGAUGUUCGACCUGACCAGCCAGCAGAGCUUCCUCAACGUUCGCAACUGGAUGAGCCAGCUGCAGGCCAACGCCUACUGCGAGAACCCGGACAUCGUUCUGGUCGGGAACAAGGCGGACCUGGCCGACCAGCGGGAAGUUCAGGAGAAACAGGCCAAGGAGCUGGCCGACAAAUACGGGAUCCCGUACUUUGAGACGAGCGCAGCCACCGGAGCGGAGGUGGACAAGGCGGUGAUCACGCUGCUGGACCUGGUGAUGAAGAGGAUGGAGCAGUGCGUGGACAAGCCGCCGGCCGACCCCGCCAACGAGAACGGCGCCGCCAAGCUGAGCGAGGGAACGCCCGACCCGAAAAGAUGCGCAUGUUAGACCCGGAGACGCUGCUCCGUCCUCCGUCCUCCUCACGUCCCCUCCGUCUCUUACUUUCCUCCCUGUCUGUCCUCMGCAUGUUACUUUCAUCUUUCAGUCAUUCCUGUUUGCAGCUCUGACAGUUAACGCCCUGCAGCUCCCUCUAGUGGAAACCCGAGGCAUCGCAGCCUCCGCCUGUCAGCCUUGAGGAGCAAAUUGAACCAGCAGGGGGCGCCGUCAUCGCUGUCAGACGCAUWAUGUGCCUCGCCGAAAACCUGCAGCCUGGGAAUUAAACUCUGCACGCUCCUGCUUCACCGUUUGCCAGAACCAGAAAUCCAACCUCAGUUCACGGCUUGACYGCAGGAAAAGGUCCAACUUUGGGUCAAAUCUGGACUAAAACGAGUUUAAUGCCAGGCUGUGAGAAUGGAGCUUUUUAUCCUGGACCACACUGAGGAUUAGUGGGACCAAUGUGUUGUUUUAAUUAUAUUCCUUUGUUUCUCUCCGCUCUGUGCCGGACCGGUACCAACCACACAUUAGAGAAGCUUUGUUUUAGACGUUUACUGAACAUGUGCCAAAUGUGUUUUGUGUUAACGGGCUUUACUGGGAGUCUGACACAAACAUGGAGCGGCUCCAGCAGCGUUUCUCUACAUGAAGCUGUUUGUGGUGUCUUUUUGUGACCACUUUGUUUUAUUUUUUAUUAAUCAAAGCUUUUUUAGCUAAUUUAUGGGAGUAUUUCAGCUUCAGCCAAAACAAAGUGCCCAGGAGAAACAUAAUAUUCAGUUUAAUUUAAAAAUAAAUGGAAAUAGAAACACAGUUUGACCUGAAAUUGUAGGAAAAAAUGAUACAAGGUCAGCUAACCAUCACUAAAUGUUGAAUUGCAAAUAGAAAGUGGUCCAGAUUAGCUUAGCAGUUAGCUUAUGUAGCUGCUAGAAUGAURUUAAUGUAACAUCUGCAGCUCAAGAUUUUAAGAGUUUAAGUCAUAUUUCUUGCUUUACUUCUUGCUCUGUGAAUAUUUUUUUCAUACUCGCUAACUUCACUAACAUGAUAAAAAAUCAAGCUAACCUAGCUUAGCCUACAAUGUUUUGCUUGUGAAAACGGAAAAUAAAUUACAGUGGCUCUCAAAACUGUGUUCACAGUAAUCAUGUUUCUACAGUUAAUAGAGAUAUUUUUCAGCAGUUCAUCAAAAACAAGAAAACUUUMAUUUUCACAGGCUGUCCACACUUUUAAUAUUCAAUGCAACUAAACCACCUCUUUGUUUUGAUAUGUUGUWAUAAAUAUUUUGUUGUGUUAUUAUUGUGGACAUCCACCACAAAUGGUCGUCCAAAAUUAAACCUCUGUUAACAUUUAUUUACUUUUUUAAACAGUGGAUACAAAAGACUCAUUAGCUUAUGUAGCAUUGAUGCUAGCCAGUUAGCUUUAAUAACUGCUAGCAGGAUGCUGUAUCAACAGUAGCUACUUUUAAUUUUAACUAAAAAAUAAAGUUUUUAUGUUUUGCUUUAUUUUUAUUUGGUUUACUUCUGAUCAGAAGGCACUAGCAUGCUAAAGAAAGGCUAACUUAGCAUAGCCACCUAGCAUUUUUUAGCAUGACAUAAAAUUGACUAGUAUUGGCAUUGUUUUGUCAUCUGUACACUUUAUAGCUACAGUUCAUUUCCAACACAAAGGAACCUGAAGUUUAAAGCGAAUGAACCUCAGUUAGCAUCAUUAUACCUAAUGUAGCUUCAGUGCUACACAGUURGCUUCAAAGAUAUUUUAAUGCAUCAACAUCAGCUCAAGGUUUUGCAUAUUUCUUUUAACCAAUUCUAUGUAUAUUUUAUUGUCUUUAUCUGCCUCACUAACUUAUUUUAUUCAUAGUCAUGCUAGCUUAGCAGAGCCAGCUUUUUUUUUUUUACGCAAACAUCAGAGCUUGGAGUAAAUUAAUUAAACCUACAUUGUUUGAUUCUUCAUAUGGUGUAAAAAAUGUGAAUGUUUUAACUAUGGAUGUCCAUCUCAGCUGAUAAAAUAAAUGCUCAGUUAGGCUGCCGUUC